CCCAGCCACCGCUCCACCGCUGGGCCACGCAGCAGAGUCCACCAGACAGGCCUGGCAGGCACUGGGAUUCCUGGCACUGGACCCUCCAGCUGACCCACUGUUGCCAUGAACGCCAGCGAGUUCCGCAGGAGAGGGAAGGAGAUGGUGGAUUAUGUGGCCAACUACCUGGAGGGCAUUGAGAGCCGCCUGGUCUACCCUGACGUGGAACCUGGCUACCUUCGGCCCCUGAUCCCCAGCAGUGCCCCUGAGGAGCCAGAGACAUACGAGGACAUCAUUGGGGACAUCGAAAGAAUAAUCAUGCCGGGGGUGACACACUGGAACAGCCCCUACUUCUUUGCCUACUUCCCCACGGCCAACUCAUACCCAUCCAUGCUCGCAGACAUGCUGUGCGGGGCCAUCAGCUGCAUCGGCUUCUCCUGGGCGGCCAGCCCGGCGUGCACGGAGCUGGAGACUGUGAUGCUGGACUGGCUGGGGAAGAUGCUACGGUUGCCGGAUGCCUUCCUGGCUGGGAAUGCCGGCAUGGGCGGAGGUGUGAUCCAGGGGAGUGCCAGUGAAGCCACCCUGGUGGCCCUGCUGGCUGCUCGGACCAAAGUGAUCCGACGGCUGCAGGCUGCCUCCCCUGAGCUGACGCAGGCUGCCAUCAUGGAGAAGCUAGUGGCCUACGCAUCAGACCAGGCACACUCGUCUGUGGAGCGGGCUGGGCUCAUCGGCGGGGUGAGGAUGAAGCUCAUCCCUUCUGACAGCAACUUCGCCAUGCGAGCCUCUGCCCUGCGGGAGGCCCUGGAGCGCGACAAGGCAGCCGGGCUGAUUCCUUUCUUUGUGGUGGCGACGCUGGGGACAACCAACUGCUGCUCUUUCGACAGCCUCCUAGAAGUGGGUCCCAUCUGCAACCAGGAGGAAAUGUGGCUCCACAUCGAUGCAGCGUAUGCAGGCAGCGCCUUCAUCUGCCCGGAGUUCCGGCACCUUCUGGAUGGAGUGGAGUUUGCAGAUUCCUUUAACUUUAACCCCCACAAAUGGCUUUUGGUGAAUUUCGACUGCUCGGCCAUGUGGGUCAAACAGAGGACAGACCUCAUAGGCGCCUUUAAAUUGGACCCUGUCUACCUGAAGCAUGGCCAUCAGGAUUCAGGGCUUAUCACUGACUACAGGCACUGGCAGAUCCCCCUGGGCCGGAGGUUCCGCUCCCUGAAAAUGUGGUUUGUCUUCCGAAUGUACGGCAUCAAGGGGCUGCAGGCCCACAUCCGCAAGCAUGUGCAGCUGGCUCAUGAGUUCGAGUCCUUGGUGCGCCAAGACCCCCGCUUUGAGAUCUGCAUGGAGGUCACCCUGGGGCUGGUCUGCUUCCGGCUCAAGGGUUCCAACCAGCUGAAUGAAACGCUUCUGAAAAGAAUAAACAGUGCCAGGAAAAUCCACCUGGUCCCGUGUCACCUCCGGGACAAGUUUGUGCUGCGUUUCGCCAUCUGCUCCCGCCAGGUGGAGUCCACCCACGUGCAGCAGGCCUGGCAGCACAUCCGACAGCUGGCGGAUGAUGUGCUGAGGCUGGAGAGGGCCUGAAAGCCCAGCCAGCAGAGAUGAGAAGUUGGGUGAAAACAGUUUAUCUGGAAACUGGACGGAGAAGAAAGUAAUCAUUGUCCCACUCCAUGGAGCUUACCUGCUUGUGGCCUCAUGUUAAUCAGACUUGUGACUGUCUUUUUCUGUGUCUCAUCAAUGAAGAAAUAUUUACUGUAUAGUUAAUCCAAGUGAUUGUAGCUGUUACUCAUGAUCUGGCUGUGAUAUUUGCUGAUUAAAAAUCAUAGGUUUUCAUGCACACAAAGCCAUCAAUGGUAGCAGAAAAGGCUUACAGAAGUAUUUUCCAGGGCUGUCUGUGAUCACUUGAGAUUAUACCUGUG